CCCAUAUCUAGCGCUGAUCUGCCAGCCUGGUGACUUCUAUCCUCUCCGAACAUUUUCAUCGUUGUCUCCAUUCUCAGCAGUUGACCCCGCUGUUACGAUCGACUAAUCGUUAAUCAUUCAACCCCCCCUCUUCCUUUCCGAUUGCCGUUGCAAUUUUAAUUGGUGUUCUGUUAGGGAUUGUAGAAAUUAUAGUGUCUUCCACCAAAGAUUUCAGGGACUGUUUUGUUCUUCGUCGAAAGGGUUUUUGUGGACUUGUAGUCGUCUACUAUCAAGUAGAUUGCAGUUCAGCAGGAAAGAAAACUCCCUUGUCAAGCCACAUUCAGGACAAGAAUGGUUUUCUGCAGAUCUUUUUGAUAUCUCUACAAUGUCUGGGCUACUUAAUUCAGCUCUGAAUGGGUCUUCUUCAAAUCUCCCAGACACAACAGGUAGAUCCUUUGUGACAUCGUUUUCUACCCAGUCUGCAGCCACAUCCCCUGUUUAUCAUCAUGCUGGAACCUUACAAGGGUUGCAUAACGUUCAUGGGAGUUUCAAUGUGCCCAACAUGCCAGGCACACUAGGAUCUAGAAAUUCAACACUGAGUGGUGUCCCUUCAAGUGGCAUUCAGCAACCAAUGGGAAGCCUAUCUAGUGGACGAUUUGCAUCGAACAAUAUUCCUGUUGCUCUUUCACAGAUAUCCCAUGGCAACUCACAUGGACAUUCAGGGGUCGCAAAUAGAGGAGGUACACAUAUUGUAUUAAAUCCUGUAUUAAGAAGUAGCAUGAAUGGAGUUGGUGGUUCUAUUCCUGGGAUUCUCCUAACCUCUGCUGCAUUUGAUAACCAAAUUGAUGUUCCAGGAUUGGGAGUCUCUCCAAUUUUGGGAAAUGCGAGUCCGCGAAUAACAAGCUCAAUGGGUAACAUUGUUGGUGGGGGCAACAUCGGAAGGAGCAUAAGCUCAAGUGGAGGAUUGUCGGUCCCUGGUCUUGCUUCACGCCUAAACAUGACUGCUAACAGUGGAUCUGGGAGUCUGGGAGUGCAAGGACCUAACAGAUUAAUGAGUGGUGUGCUUCAACCAGCAUCACUGCAGAUGAUUUCGAUGCUUGGAAAUUCAUAUCCUACAGCUGGAGGCCCGCUACCUCAAAGCCAAGUUCAAACAGGGAAUAAUUUAAGCUCAAUGGGAAUGUUUAAUGAUGUGAACUCCAAUGACAGUUCUCCUUUUGACAUGAAUGAUUUCCCACAGUUGACUGGGCGCCCUAGUUCUGCUGGAGGGCCACAAGGACAAUUGGGUUCUAUACGGAAGCAAAAUGUUGGUGUAAGUCCUGUCGUCCAACAGAACCAAGAAUUCAGCAUCCAAAAUGAAGAUUUCCCAGCUUUACCUGGAUUCAACGGAGGAAAUUCUGAUUAUGCUAUGGAUUUGCAUCAGAAAGAACAGCUUCAUGACAAUGUUGUGUCCAUGAUGCAAUCUCAGCAUUACCCAAUGGGCAGGUCUGCUGGAUUCAACUUGGGGGGAACAUAUUCGUCUCAUCGUCCACAACAACAGCAGCAACAUGCGCCAUCAGUCAGUGGCAGUGGGGUUUCCUUUACUCCUGCUAACAGUCAAGAUAUGCUCCAUUUACAUAACUCUGAUCAUUGGGUCCCAUCUUCCCAUGCGGCCUAUCACUCGCAGGUACAAACUGGUGGUCAACCUGGAAUUGGAUUGAGACCUUUGAACUCUCCAAAUUCAGUAUCUGGUAUAGGCUCAUAUGAUCAGCUUAUUCAACAGUAUCAACAACACCAAAAUCAAUCACAGUUUCGGCUGCAGCAAAUGUCAGCUGUGAAUCAAUCGUUUAGAGAUCAGGGCAUGAAGUCAAUGCAGGUGCCACAAGCUGUUCCUGAUCGAUUUGGUUUGCUUGGUUUGUUAAGUGUGAUAAAGAUGAGUGAUCCUGUCCUGAUGUCUCUUGCACUUGGAAUCGAUCUGACGACUCUUGGGCUAAAUUUGAACUCAACGGAUAACCUUCACAAAACUUUUGGUUCCCCAUGGUCCGAUGAGCCCUCCAAGGGAGAGCCAGAGUACAGUGUACCAGAAUGUUAUUAUUCCAAGCCACCACCUGUGCUACAUCAAAUGUAUUUUUCAAAAUACCAGUUGGAAACGUUGUUUUAUGUCUUUUACAGCAUGCCGAAAGAUGAGGCACAGUUGUAUGCGGCUAAUGAACUGUAUAAUAGAGGGUGGUUCUACCACAAAGAAAACCGUCUAUGGUUCAUAAGGAUCACCAACAUGGAGCCACUUGUUAAGACAAACACUUACGAGAGGGGAUCCUACCUAUGUUUUGAUCCAAACACAUGGGAAACAGUUCGCAAGGAUAACUUUGUUCUCCAUUAUGAGUUGUUGGAGAAGAGACCAUUGCUACCUCAACAUUAACGGAACAUUUUCGCAUGUAAAGUUUUGACUCCCCCCACCCCCCCCAAAAAAAAAAUAUGAAGAAAGGGCACUCAUUAGGCACAUAACAGCCAUGUAAUUUAAUUGUUUUUUCUUUCAUUGGGCAAUUAUAACUAGUUUCCUUCA